AUGUCUGAUAGCAAAGAAGACAUAGAGAAUGUUGUUAAAAGUGAAGUGGAAAAAGAAGAUAGCCAGAUUCCUAUUCAAGAGUCAAAGAGUUUUAUUCUUGCUCCAAAACCUUCACAAUCGCCAUGGAAAAAUGGUGAAGUUGAUGGCACCAACAUUCCAGAGCAGGUUAUAUCUAUCGAACAUACACAAAGUAAAAGUGUUGGUAAAUAUAAGAAAAAACAUAGGGGCAAGAAGUCUAAUUCUGUGAUUAAGAUCAACUCUAACACGAAAUGGGAAGCUAUCCAGCCAGUGAUUGUAGUGGCCGAUGAGGUUGGUAAUAAAACAUCAAAUAGUAAUAAUAGUAAUAGUAACAAUGGUAAAAAGUCAAGUAGAAGAAGGAGCAAGAAGAAAAAACCAUCUACCACUGACGAAGGUAAAGACAAGGAAUCUUCUAAGCAAAAUGAAGAUCAACAACACUCUGCUAAUGGCAAUAAAUCUAAUGCAAAUAUGAAACAAACUUCAAGUAAGAAGAAUAAUAAUAGAAAAAAAACCAACAAAAAGAAACAUCAAGACAGUUCUAAUGUAAAUAAAAAAUCAGAACCAGAUUCUAAAUCAUACAAAGAUACAGAAAGUAAGAAACAUAACAAUAAUCAUAACCGUAAUUUAUAUCAUGGAGAUCAUCAAAAUACCGACCAACGAACUUAUUAUUCAUUAAAACCAAUAAUAGAUUCAGUGAAUGCUGUUGCACACCAGAUAGAAUAUUACUUGUCUAAAGAGAACUUGGAGAAAGACACUUAUUUAAUGCCAAAAUUAUCAAAGGAUGGUUACAUAUCAAUGUAUCCAUUAUCGAAAUUCUUUAGACUGGUUAAUUUAUCGUUCGGUGGUAAUAUAAGUAUUUUAUUAGCGGCCUUAAGAGAAAUUGUUGUUAACGAAAAUGCUACCAUCACUGUUUCAUCUGGUGCAUUCUUAGAUUUAAAUAUUGAAGAUUCUGAAAACAUACUAAGGCAGUUCUUUUUACGUGGAAAAGAUUGGGAAUCUUAUAAAGGUGAUAUCGUCAAUAACAAAGAGGAAUCCUCAUAUAUUAUUGAAAAAGAAUUAUCAGGAAAUGAUCUGGACCAGUAUAUGAUUUUCAAUGUAAAAGGGUCCAAUCACAGACGGUCUGUGGAUGCUAAUCAUGAAGGAAAAGAAAAUGCAAAUGCCACUAAUACUGAAGAACCAAAAGCAGAGCCAGAGAUGGAAACAGAAAAAGAAGAUGUUAACUAA